AUUUCUCUUUUCUCCCCAGCAAACCAACGAUCAGCCUACAGCCAGUGACCCAACAGAAUUCCUUAGUGAUGAACAGAUGCCAUUCUGCUUUGAGUCCAGCAGUGGGGAGCAGCAGAAGCGCUGUCCGCUGUGUGAAGUGAUCUUCCCUCCUCACUAUGACCAGUCUAAGUUUGAGGAGCACGUUGAGAGCCACUGGAAGAUAUGCCCCAUGUGCAGCGAACAGUUCCCUCUCGACUGCGACCAGCAGCUCUUCGAGAAACAUGUUCUUACCCACUUUGACAGUAACGUCCCCAACUUUUAGUCAAGCCGUUGGCAGAGAGAGAAUAUUCGCCUCCACUCAACAUUCUGCUAAUUUAUGUUUCUGUUUAACAGCCACUGUAAACCGCAUGUCUAGCUUUAAGCAUUCACCUGUAGAUAUCUGAUAUCUGACACAAGCAAGGUGAAGACAGGAUACUGUUUAAUUCCAAGUGACUGAGUGAUAGAGAUGGGUGUUGUUUUAGGGUCUUUAUUUAUGUCAUUUUUAAUGGGGUGUUACUUGUGUAUUAAUAAGACUGCACUAUUAAUUCUGAUUCACUUUAAUAAUUUAAUAAAAAAGCUAGCAGGUGAGGUGGUUAUAAUUACUUUAAGAAUACUCAGCAAAUGUCAUAUUUUUAGGACUGUCCUAAGGCUCCAUAGAUGAAGUCAUGUAUCGCCUAUUAUACUCUGUGCAGGCAGAGCACAGCUUCUUUUAGGACAUGUAUGUGAUGAGAGCGAAGAUGGUGACUCAAUAUUAUAAAAUUAUCUAUUUUAGAAUAAGCUUUUAAAGACAAACCUCGAUAAGCAAAUAAUUAUUUGAGUUAGUGUUUUUCCUUUAUCUAUUUAAAUCACUUAUAAUUGAGUUGCAUGCUCAUGUUUACUGUGCAAUGAAUCACAAAAUAUUUUGUUUAAUUUCCUUAGUUAAAUACAUAAGGUCUUUACUUCUGUGAGUGUGUCUUAUAUACCUGAUCUAAACCAAUAAAGAUUUAAUUUGAAGCAAUAUUUAUGAUG